CCCCGGUUGCCCUCUCCUCCGUCAUUAUAAUUUUCCCUCCGUUCGCCUUAUACCACCACUUCGAAGUGGCGACCUCGACUUGGAUUCUGAGAGCUGGCUCUUCAUUCUUUUUCUUUUCUUCUGAGAGUCCUUGUGGUUCGUGAUGUUUGCCUGUACCGUGCUUGUAUUUUGCCUUUCUUCGUGUUUCGUCGCCGCUGCAUCUUCCUCUCCUCCCGCCACCGAGCUUGGCCCUCGUCAAGAAUCUCCUAUAUUCAUUCCUGCACCAUUCCCAUCCGCCACUUCCAUCGUUAUCAAUAAUACUAUUCAAACCGCCGAUGGUCCCCUCGUUGAAUCCUGUGAUCUCAUCUUCGUACCCGAUGGACAGAAUGUCAAAGAAAUUGAGAACUGUACUAUGGCCGCAGGUGGUUUCAACGUAGCUACUUCAAUCGUCACGCCCUCCGCAUCCGCCAGUUCGAUCUCCGUCAAUCUUAUCCCUGCGCCCACAGGCACAUCUUUGCAAUCACUGGCGUCUUCUUCACCGGCAGUUGUAGCUGCCUUCGUUAUGCCAGGACGGUCUUUACAAGUCCUCCCUGUUGGCCUGUGCAUCUAUGCAGGAGUCACUGCUAUUACUUUUGGUUUUGUCGCUUUCGUCACGUACGAGCGAGUACAGUACCGCAAGGCGUUCCAGCAGCGCAGAAUGAUCGAGCAGAUGAUCGACAACAAGGUCUCAUUAUGAUUACCGAGCAGGGAGUAGCCAGUGGCUUUCGAUUGAUACCACCACCAUCCACAUGGAUCUAGCUGUUGAAUACCAUCUUGCAUGUUAUAUUAUUUAUAUCCCGCAAGUUCACUGGGAAAGGAAUUAUUGAUCUCACGGG